CAGAAAUGCUGGUACCCCAUAUACAACAGUUUAUCUUUUUGGUACAUUGAAUUUCAAAAGUUUUUAUCUUAUGUCCAUUUUAGAAGCUUAAAUAAUGGAUCCACAUCAGCCAUAACCAAGUGUCAGAUAAUCAGUCACUUCACCACUUAUUGAACUUUGAAGCCAACCCCUUAAUAUUAUAUUAAUAUUAUACGUGUCGUUUCGUUUAACCAUUAGUACUACUUCAGACUCUUUAAUUAUUUUUAUGUACACACUUUAAAUAUUUUUUGCAUUUUGUCUUCUUCUUCAUUUAUAAAUACUAGCAAGUACUACUUGAGGAUUGGUCAGGAACUAGUGUACUUUUUGCUUGUUAAAGUUUUGAAGUCUUUUUGUGUUUCUUGCAAAGUGUAAGAAGAUUGAGUCUUUUUGUGUUUCUUGAUUUUGGAAAGGAAAAAAAUUGAGUCUUUUUGUGUUUCUUGAUUUUGGAAAGGAAAAAAAUUGAGUCUUUUUGUUAUUCUUGAUUUGGGUUUUGGGUAUUUCUUUUUUUUUUUUUUUGGGAGUAUCAUUGGUUGGUUUUUUGAGUGUGAGGUUUAAGAGCUUGUGGGGGGUGUGAUUUAUUGAUUUUUGACUGGAUUGAGAUAUAAUAUAUAUAGAAGAAGAAUGGAGGAAAAAUAUGAGCUUUUGAAGGAACUUGGUGCUGGGAAUUUUGGGGUGGCAAGGUUAGUUAAGGAUCAGAAGACAAAGGAGCUUUUUGCUGUCAAAUAUAUAGAAAGAGGGAAAAAGAUUGAUGAGAAUGUGCAGAGGGAAAUUAUAAAUCAUAGAUCGUUGAGGCAUCCAAAUAUUGUCAGGUUUAAAGAGGUCUUGGUUACCCCGUCACAUUUGGCAAUUGUUAUGGAAUAUGCAGCAGGCGGAGAACUUUUUGGUAGAAUAUGCAGUGCUGGCAGAUUUAGUGAAGACGAGGCACGCUUCUUCUUCCAACAGCUAACAUCUGGAGUCAGCUACUGUCAUGCCAUGGAAAUUUGUCACAGGGAUCUGAAACUGGAGAACACUCUUCUUGAUGGAAGUCCUUCACCUCGACUAAAAAUAUGCGAUUUUGGUUAUUCUAAGUCUGGAUUGUUACAUUCACAACCAAAGUCAACAGUAGGAACACCUGCUUACAUUGCCCCUGAGGUCCUGUCACGGAAGGAAUAUGAUGGGAAGAUCGCAGACGUGUGGUCAUGCGGGGUGACACUGUAUGUGAUGUUAGUAGGAGCAUACCCUUUUGAGGAUCCUGAAGAUCCGAAGAACUUCAGGAAAACCAUUGGGAGAAUAAUGAGUGCCCAAUACUCCAUACCCGAUUAUGUACGAAUCUCAGCAGAUUGCAAGAACCUCCUUUCGCGAAUCUUUGUUGCAAAUCCCUCAAAGAGAAUCACUAUUCCUGAGAUAAAGAAACAUCCCUGGUUCUUAAAGAAUCUGCCAAAAGAACUGAUGGAUGGUCAGCAAGCAAAAUAUGAAGAAGCGUCAGAGCAACUACAACAAAGUGUGGAAGAAAUCAUGAAGAUGAUACAAGAAGCAAAAAUACCUGGAGUAGUGUCAAAGCCUGAAGGGAAAGAUCCUGCAGGGACAACAGUGCAAGAUGAUACAGAGGAAGACCUUGAAUCGGAAGUCGAUAGCAGCAGUGACUUUGCUGUUUAUGUCUAAGGAUGACAUUUAUCAAUUGAACUUGUAAGAGCAAAGUUUCUUUUGUUACUCUUUGAGUUGUUUGCCAUGGUGUAUAGAAGAUUAGUUAUCUGCUGUGCUGAUGCAAUGGUUGUGCACAGAACUAUUUACUGAGUUCUAAGGUGUGCAUUUCAAUUUGUUACAUGGAUGUAAUGUUGCACCAAACAAUUUUUUUUUUCCAUUCUAGUUUGUAACAUCUAAUGAUA